GAAUAGAAACACAAACACAAACACAAACACCCUAUCUUCGCAUUCAAGUCCCACCCAUAGGAAACGAUGACACACAACAUCAAAACAACAAUUACAAAACCAUGACACCACCAUGCCCAAAACUCAUUCCCUCCCCAUCUCCAUCUACACAAAGCUUGGAACUGAAACAAACCUGGCUCGACAACCCGGACCACGGUCCAUACCUACUAAAGCUAGCUCGGGACACAAUAGUUUCGGACGAGAGUCCAACCAAGGCCUUGGACUAUGCAAUCCGAGCUGCCAAGUCAUUCGAGAGAUUUCCAGGCACGGGUGUCGAGCUACCCAUGAGCUUGCACAUGGUUGCUGCCAUUCACUGCAGGCUCGGGCAGUUUGAUGUGGCCAUUCCGGUUCUCGAACGGGCCAUCGAGGUUGUGGAACCCGGUAAUGGACUGGACCAUGCUUUGGCGAAAUAUUCAGGAUACAUGCAGCUUGGGGAUACUUAUUCCAUGCUGGGGCAGUUGGAUCAAUCCAUUUCUUGUUAUGAAGCUGGUUUGAUGAUCCAAAUUCAUGCUUUCACUGAUUCCGAUCCUAAAGUUGCUGAGACUUGCAGGUACUUAGCAGAGGCACAUGUACAAGCAAUGCAAUUUGAAAAGGCAAAGAAAUACUGCAAGAAAACACUAGACAUCCACAAACAACACAGUCCACCAGCAUCCCCACAAGAAGCAACUGACCGACGUCUAAUGGCUUUAAUUUGUGAGGCUUUAGGCGACUCCGAGUCCGCUCUGGAACAUCUUGUUCUAGCCAGCAUGGCAAUGAUCGCUCACGGCCACGACGCCGAGGUUGCUGCCAUCGACGUUAGCAUUGGCGACAUCUAUUCCUCCCUCUGCCGCUUCGACGAGGCUAUAUUUGCCUACCAAAAAGCCCUCACAAUCUUCAACUCCACAAAAGGAGAGUCCCACCUCUCCGUUGCCUCACUCUUCGUCCGCCUCGCCGAGCUCUACAACCGGACAGGCAAGUCCCGAGAAGCAAAAUCGUAUGCAGACAACGCAUUGAGAAUCUACCUAAAGCCUCAAGCGGGGGCUUCAUAUGAAGAGAUUUCAAGUGGGCUAGUGGAGAUCUCGGCCGUGUACGAAGCCGCGAAUGAACCGGAGGAGGCGUUUAAGGUUCUACAAAGGGCGACAACGAUAUUGGAGCGGGGAGGGGGAGGAGAAGGAGGACGACGGAGUGGGAGCGGGUCGAUGGCCGGGAUAGAGGCUCAAAUGGGGGUGAUGUUUUAUAUGGUGGGAAAAUAUGGAGAGGCUAGGAAGGCAUUUGAAGGGGCAAUUGAGAAGCUAAGAGGGGCUAAGUCAGCAAUGUUUGGGAUUUUGUUGAACCAAAUGGGAUUGGCUUGUAUUCAGCUUUACAAAAUUGGGGAGGCAGUUAGGCUAUUUCAAGAGGCCAAGGUGGUGUUAGAGGAACAAUAUGGUGUCUACCAUUCUGAUACUCUUGCUGUUUCUAGUAAUCUUGCUGCUGCUUAUGAUGCUAUGGGAAGUGUGGAAGAAGCAAUAGAGAUAUUAGAAGAGAUCCUCAAAGUAAGGGAAGAAAUGCUUGGAACUGCAAAUCCAGAGGUAGACGAAGAAAGAAGAAGGCUAGAGGAACUGUUAAAGGAAGCAGGAAGGGCUAGGAAUAAAAAGGCAAAGUCAUUACAAAUUUUGCUUGGCUCUAAUUCCCUAAGGAUGAAGAAAGAAGUAGCAAAGAGAUGGACUGGUGGCUUUAGUUUUAGACUUUGAAAUAAUAAUGUGAUUUAUUGUUUAUAUUUUCAAAUUUCAUACUAUAAACAUUUUCUAGUGUUUGACAAUCUUUUUUUCCGGUUGUUGAAUAGAUCGUCAAAGUUAGAUAUAUUAUCAACUAAUAACUUUUAAAACUUA